CGACGCUGUAAAGCCUGGUCGAUGUGAGGCACUGGCUCACUGCAACGAACGUACGCCUCUGAUCAAUGCAAUUAUCCACGGGCUAAGAGUACAAGCGUGGUUGUCGGUGUGUGAUGCUCCUGUGUGGAAGGUGUGUCGACAGUUACCACAACUUCUGUUAUGACUAAGGGGUAUUGUAACUACCUCGACUCCCACGGUCAUUCAGUGACAAGAACUCAGAAACCGCUGAGUCUCCAAACACUUGAUACUGGUGUCAAAUGUUGAAGAGAACUACUCUCCGACAGCAAUAUUUACUUGAAGCAAGAACGAUCACUUCAAACCCUUUUGACAGUUAAAGACGUUCGGCUGAAGACGUGUUGGUUUUACCCUUACCAUUAAUCUCAGUGGAAAACGUAUUCACCAAAUCGGAUGUUUGUGCAUCGAUAACUCCGCUAAUUCAUUUGAAGGAUGGAGCAUCUUUUGUGAUAAAUGAAGGACAUUUAUUGUAAGUAACCUUGAAUCAUCGACCAUAUUUGACAAAUGAGGAGACUAGAUGUUUGUUUGAAGGGGGUGUAAACAUCUUACAUCGUGUUGUGUUCACAUGUACUGAAUGGGAGUGUUGUAGACAACGAUGUGAUCAAUAGGACGACACGCCUGCUAAUGUGAAUCUUUGAAAGCAAAAUCAAUGCUAUUUGUUUGAUGCUACAUACAAGGAACGGAAUGAGUCAAGGAUACCUAAUGCUCAGUGAAAGGUUCUCAAGCCUUUAUACGUAGUUGUCGAGAGUGUGACAACGGUGUUCAAAGACUGUCGUCGGUUUAUCCAGUACCGUCACCACCAAGAAAACACCAACGAAUAGGACCAUUGAAGUACUUGGCGCUCAGCUUUUAACGAUGGAGACGUCGACAUCUUCCUGUGUCGACUGCCCGACUGACGACAUCUCUACGGACAACCCCAACGUCACCGACAACAUUUCUUACUACGACUUCCCGAACAGUGAUAACGUGUUUCAGACAGUCGCUAGCAUGUUUAUUAAAUACGUCACUCCAACUGACGUAUUUGUUGGCCUGGUAGCCAACAUUGUGUCGAUCCUGGUGUUCGCCGGCAAGGAUCUACGGAAGCUGUCCUCGAGUGUGUACGUGCUGUCUGUGCUGUCGGCCGACAUCGGAUUGUUGUUGACGAUGUCGUUUCAGUGGUUGGAAACGCUGGGGUACAAAUUCACCCACAAACCAGGGAUAUGCCAGUUGUAUGUGUACUUCCAGUAUGUGUUUAGUUUCCUGUCCGUAUGGUUUAUGGUGUGUAUUACAGUAGAGAACUACAUCACUAUAUGUCAUCCGAUGAGGAUCAGGACUCUUUGCACUCUCACCCGAGCACGUGGAGUUGUUAUAUCGUUACUGGUAGCCGCGCUGGUGAUCUAUAUGUUUUAUAUAUUCUCAACCCACGUUGCCACAAAUGCUUAUUCCAACGUCCCCACGUGUCAACCAAAACCGAGUUGGGGAACUUUUAUGAAAAUAUUCACCCUUGUAGAUACUGUUCUGACGCUGUUGUUGCCGUUCCUUGCAAUGAUGUUUAUGUUGGUGGCUAUAGUCUGUGCUAUCGUUACAUCCCUGAGGAAGAGGAGAAAGAGGACAACGAGGGAGAAUCAGAGAACGUCGUCAAGCUGCCCUCAGGUCCGUGUGGCCAAGAUGCUCUUUGCUCUUUCCCUCACCUACCUGCUGCUCAACAUUCCCGUCCACAGCGUCAGGUUGUACGCGCUCACGGUGGAUAUUCUAGGUUGUACACAAAAUAGUUCCAUGUUACUAAGUUUUAUCCUGUUGAUUUUUGAGCAGGUAUCUUUCAUCAAUUUUUAUGUGAAGUUUUUCUUAUUUUUCGCCUUCAGUGCUAAUUUUCGGAAGGGUGUUUUUGGAGGUGGAUGUAGACGUUGCCAGGUGUAUGCUCCGGUGUCCCAGACAACGGAGGGAACUAAGGUGUGAGGCAUCUGCACUUGGGACAGUAGUGUGUAGGGUGUGGAUAAUAGCAACACAGUGACACUCGUGUCCAGCCUAAGGGAAAAAGCGAAACUCCGUGUUCAGACCUAGUGAAAGUGUGUGACUCAGAGUACAGGCGAAAGGUGUGUGGCACAAGGAAAAAAGAGACCGUUACUGUUUCAAAAUUUCUUGGACCAACAUCUUCGUAUUGUGUCAGUUUGCAACAAUUUGAAAGUGGAGGAAGCGUACUAAAGGAACCUGACAUCGUUCGGGAUUAAGUAAAGUGUGAACGCACAUGGACAUACGCGUGAUCCAAGUUAAUUUCCUACUUUCCUACACAUGUGGCGUUGAGACAAAGAUGUAUUCUUUGAAACUAUUUCGCCAUAACCAGAGGCAUGUUUGCCAUGUGCCAUGUGAGAUUUGAUUGAUGAGGACCAAGAGUUGUGUGAGUGUUUAUGGUUAUAUUGCGUGGUUUUGACAUAAUUCUACUCACUGUGGUUUGGGUAUGAAACGGACAGUGUUCUGGACGAGGUCAGUGUAUGACCAGGACGUGAAAGGUAUCUGGCCAGUUUGGACCAAACGCGUAAGGGGCGUGUCCGGGAAAUGACCCGUGUGUGGCUAGUGCCCCAGAAUUAGGCAAUAUGCCACGACAUGCCAGGGUGUGACCAAUAUCAUGGACGGUCAUCGGCGUGGUAAAGGUGAAAUGAUGAUGUAGCCAUAAUGACGUGUUGGUGCAUCAAAUGUCUGGCAAGUGUCUGGGCAGGUUGUGACUAACGUGUACAGACGUACAUUAAGGAUAGGGCUACGAUCUGGUGAUAGUGUUCCCAGGGUGUGUGUGACUGUGUGACCCGGCUGCCUGGCAGAGUGACGGCUUGGUUUAGAGAUGCUUUGGCUCAGGAGCUCAGGACAACGACCAGAACGAAUCCGUACCCUCCCAGUAGGACAUCGCGUUGGGUUAUUUCAGUACAGUUAUUACAUGAGCUAUAGUAAUAACGAAUAUCUCUUGUCUCAGAUUGAAAGAAGAAAUACAUAAAGCUGAUCAUUCUUACAACAAAAUGACCAUGGAAGAAGAAAUAUGUUCCCUUGUCGUCACAUCGUUCUGUAUGCAUGUGGUGCAAACAAGACGACAAACUCUCUAUAAUUGGAACUAUAAAUGUGUUUGCUUUACCACCGAGGAAGUAUGGUGAAAUGGAACGCACAUGCGCAGAAGAUCCUAGCGUAACGACCCCGAUACGCUACCCAUCUGCGCAUGUCGGUGUACUUACCCAUCGGUGUACCUCACCAUCGGUGUACCUCACCAUCGGUGUACCUCACCAUCGUGCCACAGGGCAACAACUUUGCAUGCUAGUUACCUCGGCCACAGCGGGCGAUCUUCUCAGAUUUCGUUCAAUGUCUUCGACAAUAAAUACAUGUCUGUU